AUGACUUCGGUACAGGAAUUUUCGUGCAUAUUUUGCAAGGAAGUCUUCGAAGAUAAAGAGACAUUACAAGUUCACUUCAGGAAGCAUGGAGAUCCAAAAUUUGAUCAAACUGCAAAAGCCAAAGUUCGGAACCAGAACGAUUCGCCGACAUCCGUUGAUACCUCAAAAGACGACAAUGAAAUGGUUUCAUGUGAUGUAUGCCCCGAAGUAUUUCCCACAAUAUCGAAAGCGAUAACUCAUAAACACAAAUUGCACCCAGACCAUGACGCGAAAUAUUUUUGCCCAUGGUGUGGCAAGCUGUUCACUUUAAAGCAUCUUUUCAACAAACAUUUGUUGUCAAGUCACGAUUCUUCCAGCUUUGAAGUAACAAACAAUUUUCAUUGUGAUUGUUGCGAUGUGGAUUUCUAUAACACAUCAGCUAUGGUUUACCAUAAUAAGUUUUAUCACAGACAGGACACAGAUUUACCUGCUAUCGGUCAUUCUAAAAAACUAAAAUUAUUGAAUCAGGAACUAGUGCAAAUCUAUUAUUGUCCAUUUUGCGGCGAGGAGUAUAACAACAAAGUCAAUUUACAUAAACAUAUGACAGAUGAUCAUAGUGAUGAAAAUCAAACCCCUGAGGAUAUACUUAGGUGUCCAUUAUGUGAGGCUGUAUUUUACCAUUUAGAUGCUUAUGAAUUGCAUCUUACAUUUCACUCAUCUGAAGACUUGUACAGUGAAGAAAAUGAAAUGCUUAAACAAAUAGUUGAGUUUUCAUUGGAUACCAUACCUCCUUUAAUAGAAAAAGUGGAAAUUGAUGCAAUUGAUGAAGAAAAUGAAGAUUUAAAAACAAUUGGAAUUGAUCAAUUUCUUCAAUUGAGUAUGAGCAAAGAUUCUGAAGAAGAACAACUGGAACAAACUGAGAAAAUAAAGGCGAAAAAACACAAGAAACAUAAAAAAUCUAAAAAGGCUAUUACACUAGAUGAAUUCUUAAAUAUGAACGCAGAUGUUUUUGGAGAGGGUUUGAAUUUUCAGGGAAUAGAAGAGGUGCCCACUCGUGUCGUUGCAAAACAGCUUAAACCAAAAAAAGAACAAGGAAUAAAAAAUCAAGAAAAAAAAGUAGCCUUGUCUUCUGAUAUUGAUAAAUUAAAAAAACAAGGUAUAACUAUAAAAAUGAAGCCUGGAAAAAAGCUAGCUCCAUCUAAAAUUACAGAACAACCAAGUUCUUCAAUGACUAAUAAAGCUAAUCUAAUCAAAUCAAAUGUAAUAAGUACCUCCAGCGAAGUUCUGUCAAAGCUUAUGAGUCAAAGUAACAGUCAAAUAAAAAUAAUGAAAAAGCCUACAUUGAUGAAUCAAAAUGUGGAGCAGAAUGAAAAAAAAAUUACUAAAGCAGAAACAUAUAUAAAACCUCAAGAUGUUAAUUAUUUUGAUAAAGAAGCAAAUCAAUAUGACUUGAAGCAAAGUAAGGGGAUAGAUAACGAAAAUACAAUGAGUGCAAUAGAUGAAAAAUCAAAUGACGCUUUAUCUGCAAAAUCAGACGUAACAUCAAAAGAUAUUGAAGGAAAUUUUCACAAAAGUCUAGUUUCAACAGAUACUUUACCUGAAAAUUAUACAAAUUACUCAGCACCACUAAAUGAAUCCUUAGAUAAAGAUAACAUAGUUUAUAAAAAAGAUAACGAAAAUGAUGUUAAUAUAAAUGAUAACAAAAGUGAUACAUUUACAAAUGAGGUGUUAUGUAAGGGUACCGAAGUUUUAAAGGCAGAAGUCAUUCAAGAUAUUAAAAAACACACUAUUACAACUGCAGGACAAACACUUAAUGACUUUGAAGAAGAUCUGUCUAGUACAAAAAUACUACGAGCAAAUACCAAUGAAAUUAAUGAAAAGAAAUUUGCAGAGGAUGAAACCGUUACUGAGCCUUCUCAAAAUGUUACAAAUAAUACUUUAAAUGCUAUUAAACACCUAAGUCACCUUAUUACUGUUAAAUCUAUCAAUAAUUCUAAAUCAUCACCGGUGAAAAAAGAAGACUAUCCUUUGAAUGAUAUUAGUCAGAAUCAAGCUGAAGACUGUUUCAAUGAAAUAGAAGAUAAAAAGUCGUAUAAUAUCGAUGAAAUAGAAACUAGCAUAGGAAUAAAUAAGUCUGUGAACCAGAAAGAAUCGGAACCUAAAACGUUGGAUGCUUUAAAAAAUAUAGGAAAACAUGUUACAGUUAAAUCUUUAAGCUCACAAGUAUCAUCGCCUAAAAGUGUAGUAGAUAAAUUCAGUGAUGACAGUGAUAAUGAGAAAAAUAAUGACGGAGCAGAAAAUGUAGAAUCUACAUAUAGAAGCUUAGCAAAUAAUAUUGUAGGUAGAAAAGUCGUUAAUUUGAAGAAUCAAAACAAGUUAGGGACAAUAACAAAAGAUUCACAAAUAGGAAGUCCUAUGCAAAACCCUACCAAUAAAGUUACAAUAAAAAAUACAAUAAAUAAGAAAUCACUACUGAAUGAGGAUGAGGACAUCAAUAAGUCUAAUUCAAAUGCAGAUCUUUUGAAACGUUUAACUAAUGUUACGGCAAAAUCAAUAACAUCGAAAAAGAACAUUAAGCAAGAACAUACAAUUGAAACUUCGAUGCAUGUAACAAAUUUUAAAAAAAGCAGUAUUACUGAAAGAGUAAUGUCAAAGCAUGAAGUAAAUGAAGAUAUUGAGAUUUUUAAUAUUGAUGACUCUGACAGUGAUGGCCAAGAUAAACAAGAUUUUAACAAAAGGAUAGAAACAACUAAAUUGUCGAUAAAUCCGGUCAGUGUCAACAAAACAGGCAAUGUUAGCUCUGAUUUCAAAUCUCAUGAGGCGUUAAAAAAUCUCGGUAAGGGUAUAACUGUAAAAGCAGGAAACCAAUCAGUUAAAAGCCAAAGUAAUUUUAAAGAUGAGGAAAAUAUUUCAGAACAUAGUGAUACAUUUACAGACGAAGACGAAGAUGUGGAUAUUAACAACAUUAAAGAUAAAAUGUCUGUAAAACAUUUCAUAAACCAAAGCAAUAAUAAUUUGCAAUCGACAUUAAAGAAUCUUGGAAAAAAUAUAACGGUAAAAUCGAACAAUUCGUCUCUCAAUUUACCCUUAAGAAAAACACAAGACAAGAAUACUCAAAAUAUUAAAAAGAUAUAUAAAAAAGAUACUGAAAAUGACUCAGAUUCUAAUGUUGGUAAAAUAAAAAUAACUGAAAUAACAGAUGAUAUCGCUAGUGAUAAUGAUUUUUUUUCAGAUGAAGAUGAAAGCAAAUAUAAUAAAAAAAAUUCUUUACAGUCUCCCAAUGUUGCUAAUAGUGACAUGGAAGAUGAUUUUGCUGAAGAAGAAACCUAUGAAGAUUUUUCUGAUGGUGAAAACAGCAGCCAUCAAGCUAAGAUAUUUAAUAAAGAAAUUACAAUCAGACCAUUAAAAGAACAGAAAUGUUCUAUAGAUACGGAUUCUGAUACACGAGGUACAAAUAAAGAUGCUUCCAACAUCUCAAAUAAUAUUAAAGAGUCGUGUGCCAAACAAUUCACACAAAAACAAAAUAUUAAACCUGAUAACCUUCCAGCAGCAACAACAACAAGUCUAACACCAAUAAAUGAAAAUAUCGGAACAACAUCAAAUCAAAUGAACACUGUAAAUAAGGAAGUAUCAGUCAAAACAUUUGAAUCACAAACUGUUAUUGAAGAAAUAACGACAACUGUAACCAAAACGAUAAGAACUGUGAAUCAGACAGUUAAACACGAAGUGAAAAAUACAGGCCAAAUAAACUCUAAUGCGACAUUUAGACCACAGAAAAUUGCAAAUUAUAGUCAGCAAGGCAAAAAUACACAGAAUAUUACAUUUAGACAUCCAUCUCCUAGCAUAGGAACUAAAAUAAAAAAUGCAACUACUCCAAUUAGGUCCCCUAGUAACAUAACUGUUAGACCUUCAAACCAGUUAGUUCCUGUACGAACAGGGUUAAAUUUGACAAAACCUUGUAAUUCUACAAUGCCAAAAAUAAGAAAUAAAACUCCUUUUAAGCCACCUAAUCAAAAACCAGUUACAGGAAGAGCGCUUAAAAUUUCACCACAAGCAAUGAACCAAUCUAUGAAAAGGCCUUCGGUGGAUACAUCUGGAGAGUUAAGUUGCUUUAAAAAGCCAAAGGAGACAUUUCCACUACAAAUACCAACAUAUAAAGGUGAUCAAGAUGGAGACGCCACCAUGCAUUUUUCGGCAUCUCAGAGCAGAUCUGAUUUCACAAGCACUGUUAAGAACGUACAAGGAAAAUCCGUAGUGACGUCCACACAAAUGAAAUCGGAAAUGAGUACGAGUUCACAUUUGAGUAAACUUGGUAAAAUGUCUGGUCUAAAAAUAGUGAAAACAAGUUCAAAACAAGCCACGCAAGUUGAAGAGAGAAUAGAAAGUUGUGGAGCUAAAAGAACUAUGGAAGCAUUGCAAAAGUUGCAGAUGCAAGGUCUUUUGGUAAAAAGACCGCGAACAGACAGUAAUGAUGAUAAUGAAUUUUCAAAUUCUGGCAGUGAAACCGAGGAAGCUAAUGAAUAA